AUGGUACACUUAUGGCUUCGUACUGAGACUAAAAGGAAGGAACAUAGAGCUGCGAUUACACCCUCCAAAUGUCAAACGCUUUUGGAACGUGGGUUUAAGAUAACCGUAGAAAGAUCCUCACAAAGAAUAUUUGAUGAUGAGGAAUAUGAAAGAGUGGGCUGUACUCUCGCUCCUUCUUUGAGUUGGAAAACAGCUCCCCUCGAUGCAUAUAUCAUUGGACUAAAAGAGCUACCCGAAAACGACAAUUCUCCACUUGCACAUACACACAUUUUUUUUGCUCAUUGUUACAAAAAUCAAGCUGGAUGGCAGGAUAUUAUAAGGAGGUUCGCCAAGGGGGGAGGAACAAUCUUAGACCUCGAAUUUUUAAACGAUGAGAGAGGUCGGAGAAUAGCAGCAUUUGGUUUUCAUGCAGGCUUUGCAGGGACAGCGAUUGGUCUCGAUGUUUGGGCAAACCAACAUCUACAUAGUGGGCAAGAGUAUCCGCCAAUUGACCCUUAUCCCAAUGAGGACGCACUUGUAAGUCAUAUCAAGCAACGUUUGGAUGCUGCAGUAGCACUAGGUAACUCUUACCCACGCGUGAUGGUUGUGGGUGCGUUGGGCAGGUGUGGGAAAGGAGCCAUUGCUAUUGCACAGAAAGUUGGGAUUCCCGAAUCAAACAUCAUCAAGUGGGACAUGGAAGAGACAAAACCGGGGGGUCCGUUCCCAGAAAUCCUUGAAUGUGAUAUUUUCGUAAACUGUAUUUAUCUCAGCCAGAAAAUUCCGCCGUUUAUUACAAAGGAAAUGUUAGACGGAGAAAGAAAACUGUCAGUGAUCGUCGAUGUCAGUUGCGAUACGACAAACCCGAAUAAUCCUAUUCCCAUUUACAAUAUCAACACGACUUUUGACAACCCCACUGUACAAGUUGAGACCAAUAACCCAAAGCCUGUAGACGUAAUCUCCAUCGAUCAUCUUCCCACACUUCUUCCUCGUGAAAGCAGCGAACAGUUUUGUGGAGACUUGCUUCCAACUUUGUUGCAACUUCCAGAGAGGGAUACAGCACGUGUUUGGAUAGAGACAGAGAAACUGUUUAAAGAGAAGGUUGCAUUGCUUGAUCAAUAA